CCUCUCGAGGCGAAAGGUCGUUUGUUUGUUGCGCGCUUAGCUCUCCGUUUUCCUCGAGUGUUACCCAGUAGUAGAGUGUUGUUGUGUGUGCGUUCCCCUCAUCAUCGGAGCGCAACUCCCUAAUAUAGAAGAAGUCGAAAAUCGUCUGUAUAAUCUCUCUCGUCUUUUUUCCAGAAUAAGGAAUUAAAGUAAAACGCGGUGAAAAGUGAAAAUUCGUUUGCAAGUGUUUGUGCGUGUAAGUUGGUGUUUCUCAAAAAAAGGAGUAAAAAAAAAGAAGAAACGUUUGGCCACUUUCGCCAGGGUGCGCCAAUAUCUUCGUCAACGGUAAGCACACCUGUGGUGAGUGCUUAAAGAGAGUUGGUUCUAAGUGUGUCCGCGGUGAAAAGUAGGUUAACCCGGCUCGUGUCCUUGGCUUCGGUGCCUGAUACGACUCACAGAGCGCGUUACGCCAAGAAACGCGCUUCUCGAGAUUGACCGUCGGGUAUACUUUUACGUAACAUAGUUAACGAAAAAGAAGAAUUUAAAGUGUGUGUUUAAAAUCAUAAGUUUUACUGGAUUCAGAAUCGUUGAGUGAUUGUAAAUCAACAAGUUUCUUUUUUUUUUUUUUUUGUUUGAGGGAAAAAAAGAAGAAUACGCGUCGCGCUCACUUUCCGGCGGAAGGACCGAGGUUGCCUUUCCCAACCGGUUUUCUUAUGGGUUUCAGUAUUAUUCGCAAAGUAGUGGAGAAGACGUUGAUAUGUGUGAUGAGAUCUCGAGUUAAAGAUUCGUUUAGAAUGAUCUCACGAGUGUUUUAAAAAGAAGUGUUUUUUUUUUAUUACAAAGUGAUACUUGAGUGAAUAAUUAGUGCCUCCUACUUGGAUAAUUGGAUUAUAUUUGGAUACGUCAGUUAACAGCACGGAGAGAAGCGGUGGUCAUAAGAGCAGUCUUUUAAGAAUGCAGAGACAAAGCCAGAGAAGCUCGGAGGUGGAGGUUGCGCGUAUGCGCCCUAUAAGCGCGGCAGGCUAAUAGCCCUAAAACCCAUCCCCGACACCCUGCAGCCACACACCUGAUUAGCAGUCAGUGUGACAUGGAUGUGAGCUACACGAACGUGUUGGAGGUGUCCCGCCAGUACUUCCAAGGAUUACCAGUGCCAAGUACUGCAGGUACAGAGAAUCUAACAACAACGACAACAACAUCAACAUCUUUUGAAAAUGGAACAGCAACAACGAUAUCCUCCUCCUCCUCCAUCACAUCACCAGCAGUGGCAUCAAUGGUCACGACUAGCAAUAAUCGCCAUCAACAAAUCUACUCAGAAUCAAAAACCGAGGAUUCAUCAACAACUUCUUAUUGGAAUCCAUCCGGGUCAAAUGAGCUGCGACCAGUUGAACCUUAUCCCCCUCAACCAACAAAAGUUGAGGUACCAGACACCAGGCCUGAUGAAACCGCCAUGGAACCAGGAUCUUUAACCGAAAUGUUACCGUCCAAAUCACGUACGACGGAACAAAAACAAGAACCCUCAUCUACCGUUGUUCCCGCCACUGAACCUCAAUUGCACCAAAUGCAACCACCCAAAUCACAAUCACCCGUCUAUCAACAAUUAAAUAACGUCGCAAGAACUUCAUAUCCCACUGCUGAUCCCUAUCAGGACAGAUCAAUUGCAGCUCAACGAGUUCAAUACUAUCCACGUUAUCAUCAUCCAGACAUAAGAAAAAGUGCACCAGUACCAUUUUCCCAAAAUUCAAUGUACGUACCACCUUCGGCUUCGCCAACUGUUUCUGUACAAUGCAUCAGAUCCAACGAACAGGGUUCAAUUCCAACCUCAAGUCAUUCACAACAGGAGCAACAUCGAAUUCCCUCAGCCUAUUCGCAGCCACAAACUUUAAUUGGUGGUUCUUCUGUUUAUGGAACUUAUGCAACAAGCCAACGACGAAUUGGACCUUCUUCCAACGAUUCCACUUCGCCUGCAACCUCAUUGGUAAAUCCACAUCUUGGUACUAGUAAUCCCUUAGCAACUGGUAGUACAAGUCACAUUCCUUCGCCACAUAAUAUUCCGGCGCACAUUCCGUCACCACAUCCACCAUCAGGAUCGUCAACAUCAUUAUCAUCAUCAUCAUCAUCAUCGUCGUCGCCAAUGACGCAUUCUAGUCGAAAUCCCAAUACGUAUCGACCGGUCCUUUCGAAUCAACAACCACAAUCUCAAAGACACUCGCCACAUAUUUCUGUUAUGCAUAAUCAAUUUCAACCUCAUUCACCGCCGUAUCCACCUCCACCGAGAUCGACUCCUCAAACCUACAGUAAUCCUCCAAAUCCACCUAAUCCUUCAGCUCCUCCUCCACCUCCCACUUCACUUUAUCAAACUGGAUCGAAUUUUCCAAAUCCCUAUUCUCAAUCUUCAUACCAUUCCUAUCAAAAAACAGUAGUUCCAAAUUCAAGUUAUUAUUCACAGCCACCAAGAACUUAUUCACAACCAGUGGAACAAUUACAAAUCAAUUCCGGAACUAAUGGAGGUGCCUAUCAAAAUUCAAUAAUCAAAUAUAAUGGCGAGGAUGUUAAGAGAAAUCCAACUGAAGUUACAAAUUAUGGAUCGUAUCGUACUCCAACUCCAAUUCAAAGGAAUACGCAUAAUUUACCACCAAUUGGAGCGCUAUCAUUUCAAAAUCGUAAUUCCAGGGAUAAAUCACAAGCAUUGCCACGACAAAGAACAACGCAUUCCAUUAAACCAACAACAGUACCAAUACCAUCGACAGUACCACGUAGAAUUGAAUAUCCUGUAUCGUCAAUAAAUCAAAUUGUACCAAUUAAUGGAAGAACAACAUCCUAUAGUAGAUACAAUCAACAAUAUCCAACUUAUGCAACAACCGUUGCACCAAGUCAUUAUGGUAGUAAUUCCUCAAGUACAACUGUCACAUCAAUUGGAGUAACAAGACCACCCACUGCACCAACGCAAUAUUCAUCAUCCGAUUCGACUAGUCGUACACAAGAAAAUUUCUAUAAAGACUAUUAUCAAAAUUCAUCGCGUUAUUCAUUACCAAAUGGAUUGAGAAAAAGAGAAUCGCCCCUUGAUUUAUCAGUGAAAACAGUAAAAACCUCAGCUGAUUCAACAGCACAGGACGAUAUCGAAGCAAAUAGUAAUUUAGUAACAAGCAGCAAUGCAAUGUCUUCCCGAAAUAUGUUACCUCCAGUACAAACAAAUUUAUAUCCAUUCGAUGUGAGAAAUACAAAUGGAAUAAGAAACAUCAGGCCAUCAACAGUUUGUGCACCAAAAGUUGAAUUCUAUCCCGAUUUUAAUACAACAAGACACCAACAACCAAAUCAAAAUUCCCUACGAAGAAGUCUAUCCUCACAACAAUUGUAUCCCCAACAACAACAACAACAACAAUCACAAAAUACCAUACCCCUGCCACAUAUGUCAACAUUCAAAAAAUCCCUACCAACAACCCAACAACAUCCAAGACCAUAUCCAGAUCGACCAUCCGAUUCAAGUAAAUACUAUCAAGGCGCUAAAUUCUUCAGUACUCAAUUACCAUCAGACAAAUAUAAUCCAAUGAAACGUGGAUGUACAACCGAUGCGCUCUAUACCAGUGGAUCAACACCAAACAAACAACCACGCGUCGAUGCAUGGCGAAUAGCAAUUGACGAGCAAAUACAACAGAAAUUUUUAGCAGCACGUCAAAAUGAAGAGCAAAAAAAACAAGAAUCAAAUGGCUAUGAGCAAAGACAGGAGAAUAUCUAUUCCAAUGAUACAAGAUAUCAAACAUACUGUGAUAAAAGAAAUUAUCAAGAUCCAAAACUCACAAGACCACCAUCAAAUAAUCAACCAUCAGGUAGUCAAAUGGAUCUUAAUUAUCUUAAUUAUCGUCAAUAUUCAGAGCCACCAAGUAAUACUGGCGCUGAUAAAAGAGUAUUGAGUCUAUUGCGUAAUAGUCUCGAAAGUAAACAACAACGUGAAGAACAAUUAAAUAGCCAACAAUCAAUUGUUAAUCAACAGAGUUUUCAACAAAAAGUUGUUACACCAAUUGAGCCAAAGACAAAUAUUGGACGACAUAAUUUAUCACCGUUCACUGCCGCUAGUUUAUUGGAACGCAAUAGUAAUACACCGCCUCAUUAUAAAUUUCAUGUACCAAAAGCAGUUGAUUCUAUUAUUCAGGAUAAUACACGUGGAUUAUAUUCAUCUAAAAUGAAUUCAAUUUUAUCAAUUAAGGAAACAUCAUUAAGUCCAAGGGGAAUUGAUAAUAAUCAAAUGAUAAUUGGCGGCAAGGAUGAUGGAUUAGCGGCAAAAAUACGUACUAAAGCUGAAUUAAAACAAGUUGGCACUGGACAAUUUGUAUCGAAACCACCAAUGUUGUUGAUACAGGAUACACCAUCAACACCAAAAGAAGUCGAAGGUGCCGCUUCGACGUCAACUCUACAAACAUCAGGAUCAUCAGUUGGAAGUCCACCAAAAUUGACACGUGAAAAAUUAGCAUGUCUACCACCAAGACGAAGACUAUUUUCACGAACAGAUGAUGAUAGUAUGUCUUCAAUGAAUGUACCGGUAAUUGCAACAGCCUCUACAGUAUCACCAAGAGCAAGUGGAUUUAGAAGUUCAUCCGAGACUUCGGUAUUUGAUUUUCGUGAGAGUGAUUCUGAAGGUGAAAUGCCUGUAUUAGAACGUCAAACUCUUGAGGAAAUGAGAAGAGAUCGAAAGCAACUCUCUAAAGUACAACCACCUGUUUCUUUGAAUGACGCUAUGUUGGGUAUGGCCUCUUCAACAGAUCUCGUUAAAAUUGAAUUAAAGGAGAAUAACAAAAUUACCGAAAUGGAUCCAUUUUGGACAGCGACCUGUGAUAAAUUUAUGGAACAAUUACGAAAUGGUGACUCGGUGAAGAAACGAGGACGCAAGAAGAAGACUGAAAAUACUACUACUACUACUACUACUACUACUACUACUACUGCCACAUUAAAAACAGAAGUGACUACAAUUACAACUUCUAUUAAUGAAGAAAAUAUUGAGGCAUUAACGUCUAUAAUUAAACCCGAAGACAUUAAAAAAGAAACACCCGACACGAUAGACGUAACGCGUGAAAUUUCUCAAGAAUCCAGUAAAGAUUUAACAAUACCAUCAGCGACAGAAAUAAAGACUGAAUUAAAAAUUGAGAACAAAGAAGAGGAAAAAAUUGAAAUCAAACCAUCGACAAUAAUUGAUGAGAAACUUAAUGAAAAAGAAAAAAUUUCUGGCGAUGAUUCAGAUGAAAUACCUUUAAUAAGACGUGCAAAAAAGAAGAAAAAAUUGAAAAAAGAUGACAGCGAUGGAGAUGAGGAAAUUGUCUGUCGAAAAAAUCGAAUUCGACGGGGAAGUAGAAUAAAAUUGGAAUCAUCAAGUGGUAGUGAAUCAUCAAGUGAAGAAAGUGAUGCGAGUACCGAAUUUGGACAAGGUUCAUCGGUAGCCGAUCGUUUACGUGCAAGAAAACGUACGGGUAAAAAUAAAAUUGACGAGGGUAUGAAAUUAAGAUCACGUGGUAAUACACCGCAUAAAAAUAAACAAGAUAAAGAGACAAAAUCACCGAAAAAUGAUAAAACACCACAUAAAACAAAACCAAAACCAUUAUUUGGUGAUGGCAGUGAUUUUCGUCCAGGAUGGGAGGAAGAAGUUUAUGUUUAUAAAAAAUCCCUAAGAAUGCCACCGCGAUUAAUAAAUGUUUCAAAACCAACACGAUUUCAUCGAUUAUCCACUUCUCUGCCGGAUUUAGAUCCCGGUUCACCGGCACUUUCCGUUUCAAUGGACAGCAGUGACUUGUGUCUCAAUCGAAAACGCAUUGUUGACAGUGAUUUAGAAUCAAAUUGUAGUUUCACUAUUGCCGGUCUUGGUAGUAAAAUCGAUGAUGAAGAAGCAACAUCAUCAACAACCGUAUCAUGUCCACCAAAAACAAGAUUCAUUAAAUCCGAAACAAAUUCAAUUGUCGAUGUUCUUGCACAAAAAGUUGGUACAAAUAAUAAUAAUAAUAGAAAAGAUCAGAAAAAGGCGAAAAUUGAAAAAAAUAGCCCCUUUAAAAUACAAAAUCGUCGUGGCAAUAAUAAUGAACCUGAAUUAUUACCAACGCCAAGUCUCACACCAUUAUUAUCCACAGAUGAGUCAUCAACAAAAAUAAAGGGCAAAACACCCAUUAAAAAUAAAUCACCAAAACCAAUAAAGGUCUCCGAUUCAUUUUUACUUGGUUAUUUUCGUAAAGAAACUGUCAAUAAUUUUCGUAAUACAUUUAAAAAUAAUCAUGCAUUACCAAAUGAAUUUUCAACAGUUGUUUUAAAAAGUCGUACACGCACUGAGACAAGAGUUCUUAAGAAACAAGCAACAAUACGCGAAGUAUUUGGUGAAGAUCGUCCAGCAUCAGCGCCACCAAUUAGAAAUCGUGACGAUACAUCGCAAGAUGAUGAUGAUUCACAAAAUGAAUCGCAAACAGGAACAAUUGAACGUACAAUGACAUUAAAGCAAAAAGUUGUAUCGCGAUUGAGAAAUGUUGGUAUUCUACGUAGUAACAAGGCAAUAAUUAAUUCAAAAAGACAUCUUUUAAUUGCAAAACGUAAAAAGGAUAUGAUAAAUAAGAAAUUGAAAAAGGAUGUUAAAAAAGAAAUUGAUAACGAUGAUGAUGAUAAUGAUGAUGGUGAUAAUAAUAAUGAUGAUAAUGAAGAUGAUGAUAAUGAUGACGAUGAUGAAGAUGAUGACGAUGAUGAGGAGGAACAAAAUCGCGAUGAAAUACAAGAAACUAAUGAGCCGGAAACUGAUGAAUUGCCCAAUAAAAAGAAAUUUAGAACAGGUCGUCGAAAAUUCCGCUCGGGUUUCGAUUAUAUUCGAAAGAAAAAGAAACCAUUGAAGAAGGAUGAUAUUUUGCCAAAAGAACGAAAACGACAAACUAUCACAAAAUCAAAUCCAGAAUGCGUGGCUGAUAUUCAAAAUGAGAUAAGAACUUGGGUUAUAAAAAAAGGAGUCGGUGAGACGAUUUUACAUCGUGCUGCAAGAUUAGGCUACACGGACGUGGCUGCCUUUUGUUUGGAAAAGCUCAAUAAUGCUCCUAGUCCAAAAGACAAUGCAGGAUAUACUCCACUUCAUGAAGCUUGUGCAAAAGGUCAUCUUGAAAUUGCUAAACUUCUUCUGGCUUACAGUGCAAACGUUAGUGAAAGUGCUAACGGUGGAAUAAGGCCUUUGCAUGAAGCAGCGGAAAAUGGAUCGGCGGAACUUGUACGAUUAUUAUUAUCAUACGGUGCUGAUCCUUUAUUGGCAACAUACGCUGGACAAACUCCUUUGAUGUUGGCAAUGGACACAGAUGCACACACAAUACUCCAACAACAUUUAAAUGACAUUCAAGGUCGAGAUUGUGAACCCUGGUCCUUCGGUGGACCAUCCUCAGUCUUUGAUCCCGAAGAAUCAGGUUAUAAUCCAUUAGAAAAUGUUCCUGUGGAAUCACCAAAAUUAGAAUUGGAAGAAAUUGAAAUGGAAGUGAGUGAUGUUAAUUUACCGGCAUUAUUUACACUCAAUAAUGAUCCCGAUAAAUGGAUUCUCCUACAAGAUUUAAUGACUGCAGUUAAAGUAAAAAGUCGUGAUGCAUUAUUACGACAAAUUAAUCCAAAAGCACCAACAGGACCACCUGGAGUUGCACAUCGUGAUGUUAUGAAGGACAUGAAACUAGGUGAAUUUUUGGAACAAUCAAAAUGUUGUCAUUUAUUGAGUGGUGGUGAAAAAAUUAAUGUUAGAGGUUCAAAAGUCACAUUAAUUAAAUAUAAUGAAAAAGUGAAAUCAUUAUUGAAUGUCGAGAGAAUUUUAAUAAGCACAAGGUGACAUAAGGCAAUUGAGGAUGAAUCCUCAUUAAAGGAUAAUAAACCCUCAACGUCAAAUUUAACACGGAAAAAGACUCUAAAGCAAAUUGUUGUUAAAUUAGAGAAUAAUAUUUCCACUAUUAAGCCGAUUAUUAAGCGAGAGAGAAAAACUAGAUUGCGUCAAGUUUAAUUGAAAUUAUAAUAAUAAUUAUAAUAUUAUUAUUCAUGUUGAUUUAUUUAAAAAUUGACGAUGUUAUUGAAAAAGUAAUUUACAAAAUAAUUGAUUUAUGAUUUUUAGGGUUUUGUAAAUGAAUUGAUUGAUUUUUUUUUAAUGAUUGACUUUGAAAAAAUGAAUUUUUGUGAAUGUUUGAAUUUUUUUUAAAUUUUUUUUUAUAAAGCGGUGGUUUUUAUAGUUGUAAUUUUUUGAUUCUUAUAAUAAGGAGAGGAAACAUGUCUCGCAAUAUUAUAUAAAGACAGUGCAAUUCGGAUUACAGGAGUAAAAAAAAUAUAGGAAAAAAAACUGUUAUCUAGAAAGUAAGAGUGACGAUAACACAAAGCAGCCAUCUGUGACAUUACAUUAGAGUAUUUACCGGAAGAUAUGCAUAUAUAAAUAUAUUAAAAAAAAUAUAUAUAUGAAUAUAUAUCCGUAGGAUGAUAUUUUAUUAUUGCGCGCCUGAAGGCUGGUUUUAAAUGCGAAUUUUUAAAAAAAACUAAUAAUAAUAAUAAUGCUUUUUAGAAAGAGAGAAAACUGCCGCCUAUACGACAAUAGAAUAUGCGGAGCGUCUUGGAAUGAAAAAUAAAGAAAUAAGAGAGAAAAAAAAAAUAAGAGAAAAAAUAAUUUUUGAAACAAAAAUUUAGUAUGAAGUUUUUUUUCAAACUUCGAGGACGUUCUGCUUGAGUCAAUUCUAUUUUUAGUUAAUUAUAAUUAGUUACUAAAAGGAUUUUACUAAAGAAUUAUUAAUUUUUUUUCCUAAUUCUACGACGUUACCACUUGUUAGUUUUUAUGAUACGGCUUUUUUUCUUCCCCUCUCUGUAAAGAAAAAAAAAAAAAAAGAAAAAAAAGAAAUGUCUCACAUGCGAUGAAAAAUAGCAUUUACAUAUUUGGGAAGUGCAAUUUUUGAAAGGAUACGCAAUUUUUUUUUUUUUUUUUUUUUUAUUUUAAUGAAAAAUACUCUUUAGUCGACUGAGAUUUAUAAAUGUAGGAAAUUUUUUUUCCCCACGGAGAUAUAUUUUUUUUUUUUAACUCUCUGUGUGCAAUACGCGUAUUCGAUCAUUAUGUUUUUUUUCUUUUUAAGCUAUCUAUAUAUAAAGUGAACGCCUUAAAUGUCGAUCACUGAUCAAAAAAUGUUGUCUGUUUUUUUUUUUUUUUUUUUUUUUUUUUUUUUUUUUUUUUUUUUUAAA